AUGUGGAACGACGAGGACAACAACCCGUACGGUGCGUUCGACCGUCAUCCGCCUCCUGGGAGCCAUCCCGCUGCAUUGCCCGCCGCAGCAGCAUACCAGGAGCCCGCCUCGCCCAUCCUCGACAGGCCGGGCACCCCCAGUGACCACGAAGACGAUGACGACGACAAGGAGCCCGAAUCUGCACAGCCAGCUGCUGCCGGCUACGCCGGCACUCGAUCCCAUUUACGCCAACAGGACGCCUACGAGAGCCGUGUGCAGCAGAUUCUCGCCCAGAACCCGGAGAUCCCCAUUCUCAUCACGCACGCCGGCAAGAACCACGAGGGUGGCGGUGGCUUCAUCGUAUAUACCAUCCGCACAGGUGACCUCGAGGUACGACGCCGAUACUCCGAAUUCAAUUCCCUUCGCGCAACUCUCGUGAACCUUCAUCCGACUCUCAUUGUUCCCCCCAUCCCCGAGAAGCAUAGCAUGGCCGACUAUGCCGCAAAACCGACCAAAGCCAAAGAGGAUGCCUCUAUCAUUGAGCUACGAAAGCGCAUGCUCGGCGUGUUUCUAAACAGGUGCCGGAAAAUGGACGAGAUUCGGGAAGAUGGAGUCUGGUGGCGCUUUCUUGACCCAAAUGCAAGCUGGAGUGAAGUCCUUCAAUCCCAUCCUGCUGCCUCGGUCCCAAAGAAUAACCUGAAAGCACCCCCACUAGACCCAGCCAAUCCCAAACCUGCACACAACUGGCUCCCAGUACCUGCCUCAUCGGCCAAAUUGAAGACGGCGGGCCAAGGUGCAGCUCCAGACUCGAGCGCACCGGGAACCGUUCCCGGCUUUUUAAAUCGUUUCCCCCCAUCAUCGCGGAACAUGAACGAGUCUGAGCUAGACCCGUAUUUUAUGAAUUUCGAAGCAUCCACAAGGGAGCUCGAGCUGCUACUGCAGGGAAACAUUGAGAAGGUGAACCGGCGAAUGUUGACCCACCUGUCCUCGCUCGCUACAGACUUGAUGGAAUUAGGCGCGCGGUAUAAUGGAUUUUCGCUGUCAGAGACGUCCCCGACAGUAGCUGCGGCCAUUGAACGCGUGGGCCAGGCGGCCGAUAACUCCUACAUUGAAACAGAGGAGCUUUCAAACUCGCUGAACGCGACCUUUGCCGAGCCUAUGCGGGAAAGCGCGCAGUUUGCUGGGGUGGUACGGUCCGUGCUUCGCUACCGGGUGCUCAAAAGAAUACAGGAAGAGAUGACUAGAGACGAGCUAGCCAAGAAGAAGGUCCUACUGGAGUCGUUGGAGCGGAGUGAGCUAGAGGCCAAACGAAUCGAGCAAUACCUGAACAAAACUGGGCCCCCUGCGACCAAACCAAAGCGCUCGCUCUCGGACGCAGCCGCCCCCAGCAGUACUGAGGCGGCUCGUGAGGGCAGCCCGGAGGACACGGCGUCGAUCGACUCGGACUUCCCCCCAACGCACGGCGAACCGCGGCCGUCUGCGGCGCAGGGCCUUCCCCAGCGACCAGCGGAUCCGUCGACGGCGACGUCGCCGGGACACAAGCACAGCUCGAGCGGCAGCUUCAUGGCGAACAAGCUGUUUGGGAGGAUAAGCCACGCGGUGCACGGGUUUGUGGACGUCGACCCGGAGCGGACGCGACGGGACCAGAUCAGCAAGACUAGGGAAAGCCUAACACAGCUGGAGCAGGCGCUGGAGGUAUCGGAGCAGGACGUGCAGGACGCAAGCGCGGGCGUGCUGCAGGACCUCAAGCGGUUCCAGAAGGAAAAGGAGGACGAUCUACGGCGCUACAUGGUGGCGUACGCACGGUGCCACCUCGACUGGGCGCGCAAGAACCUGGAGACGUGGACGGAGGCGAAGGACGAGGUGGACAAGGUCGUGGUGCGCCGGCUCUCCUUCACCACGUCUUCUUCCAAGCGACGCAAGGUUGCCGCUGAGCUACGCAGAGCUGGAGCCCGCACCGGCUUCCACUUCCCGCGCCCGCCCGCCUCUGCGAGACCCUCGCGCGCGCUAAAACGCCUCACCGGCUCUCCAUCCUGCUGCCUCUCGCCGGACUCCUCUGCCUGCCACCUCCUCUGCUCCUCCGCCGCCGCCAUGGCCUCGCCCGAACCCCCCGACCAGCCGCACGAGACCCUCGACUCGAGCUGCCGCGCUGCCUCGCCGGCUGUCAAGCGGCCUGCUGCUGAGAUGGGCGCUGAUGAGCCCCGGUCAAACGACUCGGGCGGCGACUCUGCCGCUGCCGCCCCAGACUUGCUGGAUAGCGCAAAGCCCAAAAAGAAGAAUGAUCGCCUGGUCCGCUCCGCCUCCUCUCUCGACGUGGACGACACUAGCCAUUCCGAAGGCCAGGGCACGGGCAUGCUUCCCACGUCAUCCACAGCCUCGACCGACACCGUGUCCAGCUACGAUAGCUCGCGGCCGCCGCCCUCCAGCCACUCGAGUGUCUCCUCCCCGGAUUCCCCGUCCAUCGACGAGCAGGUGGCGACCGUCAUGCAGAUGACCAUGCAGCCAGCAAAGGAGGGACAACGGGGAUAUGUGGUCUCCUGUACCUGGCUCCGAAGGGCUCUCGCGAGGAGUACCAGCGGCCCAAAGCGGGAAAAGACCGAUAAGGCUGCAACUAGUGGUGCCAUCGGCCCUGUCGAUAAUUCAGACCUCGUACUCACCGCCGACGCUAGCAACCAAUUCAAGGAUGAAGCUGGCGAGACCUUUGUACCCCUUCGCACUGGCCUACAGAUUGGAGAUGAUUUUGAGAUCCUACCGCAAGAGGCCUGGGAGUUAAUUGUAAAGUGGUAUGGUCUCGCCAAAGAUACUCCCAUUAUUGCUCGAUACGCCCAUAACACGAGCCCUGGCGAUACCGAGAACAUUCAGUUUGAAUUGAAUCCCCCCAUAUUUACAAUUUUGAAACUGUCGUGCCCGACGGCGGCGAAACCCCCCUCCGGUAAGACUGAGCCUCCCGUCAAGGUUCUCGCUAGCAGUCACACUCCUUUCCAACAGUGGCUCAGGAGUAUUAAGAAAAUUGCUUCGAUCGAGCCCACUACGAAAGUCCGCGUUUGGAGAAUUCUUGAAGGGUUGGUAAAUUCUGGAAAUGCCACUCCAGCUCUAUCUCGAAGUGCAUCUCCCGCACCGGGCUCUACCCUUAUUGCCAAUGCCGGAAGUAAUCUGGUUCUUGACAUCAAUAAGUUCGUGGCAUUAAGCGAUGGCUCUCAGCGCGAGCUUGUUGACAUGCCAGAUCAGACAGGCAAUGAGAAGUAUAAUGGCAAAAGCACAUUGCAUCUAGUCGGUCUUAGUAGCGACAAUGUCAUCGUUCUUGAGGAGCAAAUCGGCGGUGCUGGUGGUGGGGAGUGGGUUUCUGAUACCGCAAAGUAUGGCCCCAGCCGACUGACAGCUUUGACAACUACCGGGAAAGGAGCCGCACAAUCCAAACCUAAGGCUAAUGCGGCCACCUCAAACGGUCGUAGCUCCCCAGCCCCUACUACAGUUACUCGGGGAAGAAAACGGAAGGAUGGCAAAACUCGCGGUGUUACUGGCUUGAGCAACCUUGGAAACACAUGCUAUAUGAACUCCGCCCUGCAGUGUGUUCGAAGCGUCGAGGAGCUCACCCAGUACUUUCUGGCCAAUGAAUACAAAAAGGAUCUCAACCCUAGCAACCCACUAUCCCAUAAUGGCGACGUAGCCAAAGCAUAUGCCAGUCUUCUCCAUCAAAUGUUUGAUGAAAACGGGAGCGAGUCCGUGUCGCCUCGGAAUUUUAAACUGACUGUUGGACGAUACGGGCCGUCGUUUUCCGGAUACGGCCAACAAGACUCACAGGAGUUUGUCCUGUUUCUCCUUGAUGGGUUGCAGGAAGACCUCAAUAGGAUACAUAAAAAGCCGUAUAUCGAGAAGCCAGAUUCAACAGACGACAUGGUUCACGACAAAGCUGCUUUAGCGAGGUUUGCCGAUCGGAAUUGGGAAAUUUAUAAAGCCCGAAACGACUCGGUAAUCACUGACCUAUUUGCUGGGAUGUAUAAAUCCACGGUUGUUUGCCCGGUCUGUGGCAAAGUAAGCAUCAUAUUCGAUCCUUUCAGCAAUCUCACUCUUCAGAUACCCAUUGAAACUGUAUGGAGCAAGAAAAUACAUUUUUAUCCAGUUCACGAAAGGCCCUACUUGGUUGAUGUGGACAUUGAUAAAAACGCUAGCAUAAAGUCGUUGAAGGAACUAGUGGCGAAAAAGGCCCAUACUGACGCUCGACGGCUGAUAAUGGCUGAGGUUUAUUUAAACAGAAUUCAUCGACUGUUCCCGAAUACUUCAUCCAUUUGUGACACGAAAAUUGGAGAGUCAGACGAAAUUGCGAUGUACGAACUGGAACAAGUGCCAACAAGCUACGAUGCCAACAGACCUGAAAAACAAGGGUUUAGCAUGCUCUAUGCGAACUUGCGUGACGACGAGGAUGCUGAAGUGGCCUCGUUUGAUUCCGAGAAAGCAGAUCGCAUCCUUGUUCCCAUAAUUAACCGUGUCCUCAAAUCCUCUAAAUAUACUACUCAAUGGUCGCUCUUUGGUAACCCAAGGUUUGUGGUAAUCACUCGCGAAGAAGCAAUGGAUUAUGAUGCUAUCCAGCGUAAGAUUUUGGCUCAAGUUAGCACUCUCACAACGCAAGAUAUCCUUGCGGAAGACGAUGGCAUGACAAUGCGCUCAAACUCUGCUGAUGACUCUGAUACUGUUGUUAUGAAUGAUGAUGACGCCAACUCGAACGACUCAAAAAUAAAAAUGGACUUCGUGGAGGGCGAUGACGGCCUAGUCGAUGUGUCCAUGUGGGAUGCGGCAGACGACGGAGCGUGUCUCCCUAAAGCUCUUCGGCCCGGAAGUUUCAUUCCCCCCGCACUUCAAAACUUGUUUGAAAUUAAAUUCUUAAAAACUCAUGAUCCGGCGGGUAUUGGCUCAUUUACAGAUGAGUCCAAAGAUUUGCCCUCGAUGAGAAAGAGAGUUCGGUCAAAAAAGGCAGCGAAACGCACGGGACCAAAGUUGAAAACCAUUCCCGUAGCUCGCUCAAAUACUAGCCCUGUUAGUAGCGAAGAUGAGCUUACUCGCCCAAUUUUCUCCAUGCAGACCAAUCGAACCAAGCUCAAGGAGAGUUUGUCUAACUACUCGAGCUCCGAAGAAACGAAACGUGAUAGCGCGUCUGAUACCGAUUCAGACCUCUCUCCCGUUACCCAUCCUAUUCGAAGGAAGGAAAAGGGACACAAGCGCAAGGCUGCCGUACCCAAACGUGGAUUCCCAGCUAGCCUCCCGUAUAUUCGCCCUGGCGAAGCUAUCGUACUUGACUGGAACGAGUCCGCCCACGAUUCUCUUUUUGGUGGAGAUAUUAGGGACAAGCAAUCUCUCCGCGGUACCCCUACCUGGGAAGAUGUCCGAGGCCUUCCGGAUCCCGAAUUAUCGAGGAAACGUCAGCUACGCCAGAGUAAAAAACGUUCAGGUGUUACAUUAAAUGAGUGUCUAGACGAAUUCGGCAGAGAGGAAAUUCUCUCAGAGAAUGACGCUUGGUACUGUCCUAGAUGCAAGGAGCAUCGACGUGCAAGUAAGAGGUUCGAGCUAUGGACUGUACCAGAUAUCUUAGUCAUGCAUCUGAAAAGAUUCAGCGCAAAUCGUAAUUUUAGAGACAAGCUUGAUGUUUAUGUUGAUUAUCCUCUUGAGUUGGAUAUGACUGGAAGAGCCCAGGCCCCUGAUGAUGGCAAAAGCAUGAUGUACGAUCUCAUUGCUGUUGAUAACCAUUACGGUGGGCUCGGUGGUGGCCACUAUACUGCUUAUGCCAAAAGCUUUGUUGAUGGAAAUUGGUAUGAAUUCAAUGAUUCCCGCGUAUUGAAGAAACCGAAUGCUCAAAGUGUUGUUACAAACGCCGGGUACCUCCUCUUUUAUCGUCGCCGUUCGGAUCACCCUUUAGGCGGAUCGUAUCUAGCUGGUGUUACAGAUUCGGUCAACCAAAAGCACCGAGCAGACUCUGACUCUCCAGAAGACUCUGACGGAAAUCCGGGGGAAGGCAAGCGCCUCGACGACUCCUCCCGCAAUGGGUCGUUGAGCGCUUUGGCCGAAGCCGCAGCAAUUCACCGAGCGGGAGAUGGUGGUUUGCAGGGCGAAUUUCUCCACCGGAAUAACGAUUAUGACGAUAAUGAUGACGACGAUGAUGAUGAUGGGUUACCACGAUACUCAGAUACAAUAGGCAACGGAACAACUAUUCUACCACACGGGGCUGGCCCUGAAGGUAUGGAUAUCGACUCGUAUGCUUAUGGAUAUGGCCCCCAGCAAACUUCGCUUUUUAAACAACAAGAAUGGUCUUUUGACCGAGUGCCACACGACUCUGUUUAUGGCAACGAUGACGAGGAUGACGACAAUUUGAGCAUGAAGGCAGUUGGCGGCGGAGACAGCGAUUCCGAUACCCAGACCCAGCCUCUAGGCAGCUCUAUGGGGCCAGAACAGGGACUUUCCGCUAUGGGCUUCAAUGCCCAUGGACCGGUUAGUAUAUUUGGCAUGGACGAAGAAGCAGACGAUGAUGUUUUACCAGUGGUAGAGCUGCAUGUUGACGAGUCAAGCUAA